AUGGAAUUUCUCGAGUCCCUCGGGUCUCUUGUCCCUCGAGACGCUAAUACUUGCACUGGGACCAAGCAGUGGUAUGUCUGCACGGCAGGCAACUUUCAUGGAUGCUGCUCAAGUGAUCCGUGUACGACGGGAAUUUGUCCGGACGACGGCGACGAUGACACACUCUUGUUGACAACAGCUGGAGUCAUUGGUUUGUUGCCCAACGUGACGCCUAGAACCACCACCACCACCUCCUCUACGUCCGCUUUGUCGGAACCAACUACCGUCUUGUCAACGGAUGCUUCUAAGACGGCAUCUGUGCCUUCAACAGCUUCCUCUGUUACUUCAAAAACAUCGGCAGUAACACUCACAACUUCGGAAGUUUAUACAAGUUCUGACACAUUCGCGACUACGGAACCUACAGGUGUUACUGCGUUGUCCUCGGUUCUGGUCGCUAGCGCGUCUCCAUCCAGUACCCCAUCCAACACCCCAAGUGCCGCAUCCUCAAACCGGGGCGCAAUUAUCGGCGGUGUUGUUGGAGGGAUUUCCGUCUUGGUCAUAUGUGCCAUUCUGCUCUUCUGUUGCUGUCGCCACAAGAGAAAAUAUGGGAAGCGUGAGAAGGGCUCAAAUUUCGUCUCAUGGUACCCGUAUGGAUUUACUCGGAAAGAUCGAGCAACUGCAUCCGAAACGAAAGGGCCCCUAUCGCCAUCAGACAGCGAAGCAUAUAACUCAUUGAGCGCCGUCUCCCCAUUCACCGCAGAUAACACACGGGAAAGCAUAAUUCUCACUCCAGAUCUAGCAUUGGGGUCAUCUGCAAUAAGCCUUAUCUCAUACCCUCCCCACAAAACGCCCCCAGUACCGCCAGCCCAACCCCACUCAAAUGAGCUCUUCGCUUCAGUCCCUCCCCGCCAAGGAUUUACCCCAGAGCUACCAGACACGGGCUUCCAUCGCCUACGCGCCGAACUAGCCUCCCACUCCCAGAGCGAACUGAUCAACGUACCCAUGGAGCAACGACAACGACAGCAGAAUCAUAUCAAGUCGAGGACUAGUCCACGGGCUUGGGAAUCGCCUGCCUCGGCAUCUAUACCUAGUUCACGUGCAAGCCCAGCAAGAGGAACCGACAACGGCAGCGGCCACAGCCAUAGCAAUAGCAACGGCGGUAGUCCGGGGAGAAGCCAAGCUGGACGAGUCAUCACUGCCGAGGGAGUUGUCCUAGGCGCGAAUCUGGAUCGAUACUCCAAUGGCUUGGAAAUUGGAGAGUCCCAGGCCCAGGGGGAAAGGGGGAGGAAGGCUGAGCGUGGUGAGACAGAUCAUGUUAUGAGUUUUAUGCAGUAUGGUGGGAGGCCGGAGGAUCGGGGCUUGAGGAAUGGGCUCGAAAUUGCAACAAGUGAUUAUACUUCCAAUCCCCGGGGACGUUUGAACAGUGCGUCCAGGUCGAGGUCUAGGCCCGCGCACCGCAGUUUGGAAGAUGAGAUUGCGGCUGCGGAGGGUAAUGUUGACGUCCCGCCUGCUUAUGAGGCGGAAGAGGGCGCCCCUGGACACGACAUUAAGUCCCCGGCUGGAAGGAUGGGUAUGAGCCCGAGAGGAGGGGUUUGA